CACCUGCAGUUUUCCGCUAACCUGUCUUGCCGCUUCUGAGGAGAGUAUUACAUUGUUUUCUGACCUAGCGUGCUCUCCCUUCAUUGCCCCUCAUUGUGUUACUCUCCUGUGGGGGGCCUCACAUUUUUAUUGGUGUUAUCUUUUACCGGCAGAAAACAUUUUCUGAUACAAGUGUUGUGGAGGGUGAGGAGAAAAGCACCUCAUGCUCAGUUGGUGGGGCUGUGGACUGGCCCACUCCCUAUGGAAAAUAGUAUGGAGUUUCUCAAAAUAUUAAAAAUAGAUCUACCACAUGGUCCAGCAGUUCUACUCCUCAGUGUCUGUCCCAAGAAUGCAGGAAGAUAACUGGAAAAUAAAUGCACUCCUGUGUUCAUUACAAUGCUAAUAUUUACAGUGGACACUCUGGAAGAAACCUAAGUGCCCAGCAACGGACAAGUGGAUAAAAAGAUGUGGUAUAUGUACAAAAUGGAAUAUUACUCACUUAUUAAAAAAAAUAGAUGAAAUCUUGGUAUUUGUGACAACGUGGGUGGAACUGGAAGGGAUUAUGCUAAGCAAAGUAAGCCGGAAGAAUGACAAAUACCGCAUGAUUUCACUCGUGUGGUAUAUGAAGAAACAAAACAAAGGAAAAGGCAAAGCUAAACCAAAACAAAUCCUAGAAAUCUGACUGAAGAAUUGAGGCUAUCAGAAGGGGAGGUUGAAAGGCGGGAGCAAAGCGGGCAGGGGGCCCAGUGGGCUAUUCUGGAGGAUCUCUGGUGUUUUGAUGGUGGGCAUGGAGUGGUGACAUACAUCUGAAGAGGUGAGAACCCCUAAGUCAUAUACGGUGUUACAAACCAACGUUACCGCAAUUGAAAAAUGAUACGAUUAAAAUACUUUCAUUGUGUGCCUACUGCAUGUAAGGCAUUUUUUUGAGAUGGGUUUUCUUUGUGUCUUUUAUUAUGGUUAAAUCCAGGAAACCCCUGAACUUAACCUUGGCUCUGCAUCAGAAACACCUCUGGAACAUUCCAAAAAGCAGAUUCCCCAGGACCCAUAUUGACCUUCUGAAUUAGAAUCAACUGAGGUUAGACCCGGGCAUGGAUAUGUCCUAGAAGGUUCAUCGUUUCUUUAGAUGGCCAGCCAAAAUUGGAAAUCAGGGACAUUAACAUCAUAUUUUCUACCGCUGUAUUUCCAGUCUUCAAGGAGUUAUGUUUCUAAGUGGCAUGACCCUCACCUAAACCACCCAAACCAUGUCCAUCUGUGAGCAGAGUCUCUAUGGUGUCUGCCUGCUGAAGCUUGGGUGGCAUGGCUUGGCAUUAUUCUCCAUGGUCUGCGAGUACUUGAUUAUUUUGGAUGAGCAGAGCCCUGCAAAUGAAUAGCAGAACUUUCAUAUAGUAGAACAUAAGUUAGAUCCCAAAAGUGUGAUCCCCACACCAGUGCAUAUAUUUUCUGGAAGUUCACACUGCACUAGAAUCCCUAAGGCAGUGUGUUGAAAACGUGGCUGCCCAGGCUGUCCCUGGAGAUGAUUUCAGAAACUCGGCUGGUUUCCUUCUUGAGUCACACGGAGGGAAUAAUGACUACCCUGCAGUGCUGUGGGAAUUAGACGCCCUGGCAUAGCUAAGUGGCUGGUACAGUCUCUGCCACGUGGCAGGUGCUCAGCAGAUGAGAGACCGUUGAUGAGAAGCAGCUUCUCCACCAGCCUGGCUGGCCGCCCCGGCACCGCUGGAUUCCCGUGAAGUCCUGACCGUGUGUCCUGUGUCCUAACGGUGAGGCUGACAGUGGAGGGGGAUGGCGGAAGAACUCCGCUUCUCUCCCUGAGGUUCUGUUUCCCAGAAUUGAACCUUUUCUCUCUUCCCUACACACGAUGUUGGGCAGCAAGACUGACGCCUCAUCCCAGCCCUGACUUCCCGGCCAUGUGUGCUUUCCUGGAACCAAGCCGCAUGCUGCAGGUGGCCCUCGGUGCAGGCAUGGGUGGAGGUGAUGCGGGACCCCAGCUCUGACUUUCACUCUGGACCAGCAGAAACUACGGGCAUUGCUGGAGUUAGGAAGCUUAAGUGAGAGCUUUUUCAUGGUGAAAGGAGCAGCCCUCUUCUUACAACAGGGAAACAGCCCUCAAGGCCAGCGGAGUCUUCAGCACCCCCACAAGCAUGCAGGUGACUUGCCCCAACACCUUCAAGUAAUGAUCAACCUCCUGCGUUGUGAAGAUAGAAUCAAGCUGGCCGUGCGCUUGGAGAGUGCCUGGGCGGAGCGGGUCCGGUACAUGGUGGUGGUGGACAGCAGCGGACGCCAGGAUACAGAAGAGAGCAUCCUGCUGGGAGUCGACUUUUCCAGUAAGGAAAGUAAAAGCUGCACCAUCGGGAUGGUUCUUCGACUUUGGAGCGACACAAAGAUCCACCUUGAUGGAGACGGCGGAUUCAGCGUCAGCACAGCAGGAAGGAUGCAUGUCUUUAAGCCUGUGUCCGUCCAGGCCAUGUGGUCUGCCCUGCAGGUCCUUCACAAGGCCUGUGAAGUCGCUCGGAGGCACAACUACUUCCCCGGGGGUGUGGCCCUCAUCUGGGCCACCUACUACGAGAGCUGCAUCAGCUCGGAGCAGAGCUGCCUCAACGAGUGGAACGCCAUGCAGGACCUGGAGUCCACGCGGCCCGACUCCCCGGCCCUGUUUGUGGACAAGCCAACCGAAGGGGAGAGGACCGAGCGCCUCAUCAAAGCUAAACUCCGGAGCAUCAUGAUGAGCCAGGACCUAGAAAACGUGACCUCCAAAGAAAUCCGUAAUGAAUUAGAAAAACAGAUGAACUGUAACUUGAAAGAAUUCAAGGAAUUCAUAGACAACGAGAUGCUGCUUAUCUUGGGACAGAUGGACAAGCCCUCCCUUAUCUUCGAUCACCUCUAUCUCGGCUCUGAAUGGAAUGCAUCCAAUCUGGAGGAACUGCAGGGCUCAGGUGUUGACUACAUUUUAAAUGUCACUAGAGAAAUAGACAAUUUUUUUCCUGGCCUAUUUGCAUAUCAUAACAUCCGAGUCUACGAUGAAGAAACAACAGACCUCCUUGCCCACUGGAACGAAGCGUACCAUUUUAUAAACAAAGCCAAGAGGAACCGUUCCAAGUGCCUGGUACAUUGCAAAAUGGGCGUCAGCCGAUCCGCCUCCACGGUCAUAGCCUAUGCGAUGAAGGAAUUUGGCUGGCCGCUGGAGAAAGCGUAUAACUACGUGAAGCAAAGGCGCAGCAUCACGCGGCCCAACGCGGGCUUUAUGAGGCAGCUGUCUGAGUAUGAAGGCAUCUUGGACGCCAGCAAACAACGGCACAACAAGCUGUGGCGCCAGCAGACCGAGCACUGCCUCCAGCAGCCCUUGGGUGACCCCGUGGGACCUGGGGACUCCUUGCCAGAGACGCUGGACGACACCCCAGAACCUCGUUUGCCCUGCUUGAGUGACCCCACCCAGCCCUCGCUCCCAGGCGGCAGGGCCACGGGUGGACCCAGCCUCCCCUGCUGUUUCCGGCGUCUUUCGGACCCCUUCCUGCAUUCCCCCAGCGAUGGAACUGGCAACCCAGUCCAGCUGGAGGACCUGGAGAGGGAUGCCCUGUUGGAGGAGGUCGCCCAGCCAGCAGAAGUGCACAGGCCAGCCAGACAUCUCCAGGAGGGCCCUGCGCCCUGCGAGAAGGAGGUGAAGAAGAAACUUGAGUUCGGCAGCCCCAAGGCCCAGAGCCGCUCCUUGCCGCAGGCGCCGGUGGAGGAGAGCGGAAGGGAGGAGGCCCCCGGAGCAGAGUGCUGGGGGCGGCCUCCAAGCCAGCUCGAGCAGAGCCCGAUCAACCGGGAGAACCUCAAUAACAACAACAGCAAGAGGAGCUGUCCCGAAGACUUGGAGCAUGACGCUAUCUUUGGGAUCCUUAACAAAGUGAAACCUUCCUACAAAUCCUGUGCUGACUGCAUGUACCCUGCAGCUGGCGGGGCUCCUGAGGCCUCGGGGGAGCGAUGCCAGAACCCCAGUGCUCCUGCCAUCUGCACCCAGCCGACCUUCCUGCCCCACCUCACAUCUUCCCCUGUGGCCCACAUGUCCAGCAGGUCCCGAGCUUUGGAAAAACUGGCCUCGGGCCCAACCGAAACUGCCCCGUUCCUACCACCAGCAGGCUCCCGGAGGUCAGACACCGGUGGCUCUGGGGCCGGGGCUGCCCCUGAGCUACCAGCCAGCCUUUUGGAAUCUUCCAGAGAGACCCCAAAAGUCACCCUGCCAAAGUCACUCCUUUUGAAGAAUUCUCACUGUGAUAAGAACCCUCCCAGCAUGGAGGUAGUGAAGGAAGAAUCACCACCCAAGAAAGACCUGAAGCCAGCCAAGGACCUCCGGCUUCUGUUCAGCAAAGAGUCUGAGAAGCCCACAGCCAGCAGCUACUUGAUGCAGCACCAGGAAUCCAUCAUUCAGCUGCAGAAGGCGGGCUUGGUCCGCAAGCACACCAAAGAGCUCGAGAGGCUGAAGGGCGCGCCCACAGACCCCGCAUCUCCAUGCAGGGACGGCCCCGCCGGCAGGCUGGAGGCCAGCAUCCCUGAGGAGAGCCAGGACCCGGCUCUGCCUGGCCAAGCCAGGGGCGAUGAGAAGGUGGAGGCCGCCCCCCCUCCAUCGGAAGGAGCCUCGCUCAGGAGCCCCCCUGCUUUCCUCUGCCGCCUGGACCACACCACUCAUUUCUCAAAAGACUUUCUGAAGACCAUCUGCUACACCCCCACCUCGUCCUCCAUGAGCUCCAACCUGACCCGGAGCUCCAGCAGCGACAGCAUCCACAGCGUCCGCGGGAAGCCGGGGCUGGUGAAGCAGCGCACGCAGGAGAUCGAGACCCGUCUGCGGCUGGCGGGCCUCACCAUCUCAUCCCCGCUGAAGCGCUCGCACUCUCUCGCCAAGCUCGGAAGCCUCGACUUCUCCACAGAAGACCUGGCCAGCGAAGCCGACGUGUCCACCAUCGCCGACUCCCAGGACGCCAGGACGGGCGAGUCUUCCUUCUUGCAGGAGCACCAGGCCACCCCGAAAGUCCCAGCCGCCCCCUCUCAACCGUCAGGGAAAACUGCCCCAGAAAACUUGAAAAGCCCCUUGUGGAUGAGCAAGAGCUGACCCGCCUUCUGCUGCCUUUAGCCUCCACGUUCACCCGACCCGCCCAGCACUGCACGGUGGGUUUUGGUCGCCCCUAUUCCUUCAGGUGUCUCAGACAGCUGGCGGCCUCCGGACUGCCCCCCGCCUGCCGGAGUGAGGAGGGGAAGCAAGACUGAGGACGGGCAGCGCGAGGAGAGAGGGGGCUUCACUGUGUGGCCUGCGCGACCCAGAAGCUGUCGGCCAGGAGACACAACUCAGUCCCCAAGUCGUGUGGUCAGGGAGGAUCCAGUCUGGGGAAGAGCGCAGCGGACACGCACACACGUCGCGGAAACGCUUGAAUGGCAAUAGAAGUCCUACCUCUGUUCUUGCUCUGCUUUUUUUUUUUUUUAAUACAGUCAUGACCAAGGCUCAUUCCAGGGAAUCAAGCUGUGUCGGGAAAGGGUUUUCCAAAAGAAGAAUUGUUUUGUUUGGGUUGGGCCCCCCAACAGGUGUAAGGACUUCGAAGCCAGCUGCGCCGAGAACCGCUGGGAAACCUUCCACGCGGGCGUCGGGCGCUGCCUGGACCCCUGUGCCGCCAGGUCUCUGGCCUGUGUCGUGGCCGCCGCGCGGCCUGUGUCUGGCCGGCAUGGGGUGGGGUGGGGGCGCUGUGUAUGGGGGUCCUAGUUUUGCUGAUGAGAAGUUUGUGUUGCCCGGUGCACCUCUGGGUCUCAUCUGCUGCUGCCCCCACAGAGGUUGUGUUUAGGAUCUGAAAGCGCUGGAGGACCUGGUGGGUCUGGCAGUGGUUCCGAACUCAGGUUCUUUAGCUCCCGUCCAUGCAUAUUCGGGGAGGAAAAGGAGGUUUCAGCAGUGAGCUCUUAUCAGUCUCUGCAGGAGCAGCUCCGUGGCAGCCUCUCCAAGGGAAACGAGACUGUUGAUAAGCGUCACAGAUGUUUACAGUGGCCCCUUCCUCCGCUGAAAACACUGCUUCCUGCUUCUUUCUGGCUCUCCCCAAGGAGAGGCAGGUCUCCAUGGGCUGAGCUGGUCUCCCCAGCUGAACUCCAUGGGCAGCCGAGUCAGGAACCCGGGCCCUCUGGGAGGCACAUUGCCCUGGGCUCUGGGCCCGAGUAGAGGGACUCGCCUGGUUUCCAGCAGCCAGAAGACAUUAAAAUAUUUUGAAGCAAGAGAAGAGGCUUAGAAGAGGGCAGAGGGUUUAACUCAGGGGUUAGUAAUGACAGUGUAUGGCCCCAUGACCUAAAAAAUGUUAUUUUAAUGAGCUAAGAUCAUUUUCAAGGGGCUGUUUUAAAAAUCAACUAAUACGCCAUAGAAAAAGCCAGCUGACUCCUGGCUUUAUUUGACAACACGGGCGGCUCAGGGCCCUCUAAACAAAGCUGGCCCCAUCUGAAGAGCCCCCUGUUAGACACCCCAGGCAAGCCCUUCCCUCCUCCCACCCAGACUUCGCCAGCGCAGCCCCGGCCGGGGUCUUGUGCAGGGCAGGGCAGGGCAGCUGCGUGCGAGGAGGGGCUGAGGCUUCCCCAGUAGCCGCUGCCCUCAGCGGGGUCAGCCAGAUGAAUUCAGUGAAAGGACUAGGAGUCCUUCAAGGGCCAGAUGGGCUCUGGAAGCAGGUGAAUGGGUUGCCAUCUUACAUUGGUCAGCACUGCCCACCGCCCCUGCCAAGUGCUCCCCCGGCAGGGUUUUUAGGGACAGGCCGUUCCAUAUUUUACCAGUGGGCAGAGUUUUUGCAAAAACCUCUCUCCAGGAACUUUUUCUCCCUGACCACCUUUUUUUUUUUUUUUUUUUAAUAUACAGUAUUUUUCUUUAAAGCAUUUUGUUUUCCUACCACUGUCAAUUGAAAUCACCUUAAAAGGUGAUUAUCCACUUAUUCCGAAACCCUUAUGGGUUUCCCCUGCCCCUCCGCCAAGAAAAGCAGAGUCUUCAAAAAAAAUACCAAGUUCAAUAUGUUUUGCCAAAUUAAAUUUCAUGUGGUAGAUCAAUUUUUGUGUCAAAAUAAUCCUUCAGAUUUGGUGAUGACAGGCUUCUGUUGGUUUUUAAACCAUGUCUGUGUAUGAGGUGACACAUUUUUGAAAACUUUAAUUUUGAAAGCCAUAAUUUUUCUUAUCCAGUUAAAGGGUGGGAGGAAAAUUGCAAAUAUGAGUGGUUAUUCGGCUUUUGGCAAACUUACCCAUUCAUUUUCAGCAGCACAGCUAGCGUAUCAACACGGAGACAGACCAGGGCCCAGGUCCUCAUCAGCAGCGCAAAACAAAGUGUUUUUGAGGUGCAGGUUAACCCUCCGGCCUGGAGAAAAGGGUGAUUUUUCUUUGUGACCCAGAUCAGGUGAAUUGCUGCUCAAAAUGUUACACUGACCAGACAGGCUCCUUGGCACCCUGGCAGGACAGACUCAUGCUGGUGUCCGAGGAGAGGGCCUCCUCCGUGAUACGCCCUAUUUUGAGGUGUGCUUCGGAAUCUUGGCCUGCGGGGGAAAUCCCGAGCGUGAGCGGCACAAAUGUGAGGGAGGGGUCUGCCGGGCCAGCCGUGGUUUGGUAACUGCCAUUUUCAUGGGGUGUUUGUGUUGAAUUAGGAGAAAACACACCUUCCUGGCACUCCUCAUACCCCAGGGCUCGGCGGCGCUGAGCCGUCGCUGGGGUCACGCGGCAGGCUGGAGGUAGAGCGAACUAGAUCUUCGUCUUGCAUGGACACAGGGACACCUUCUGGUCCCCCCUUUUUUGUGAUAAGUGUAAGUGAUAAGUGUAAGGGGGAGACUGGCCGUGGAGCAAAGGGAUGCCCUGUGGCCUGAUCAUGAUUGAGCGAUGCCCGUUUCCAUUUCUCUGUCUUGUAGCAACUUCAGGGUCUCAGAGCAGCACCCCUCCCCGGGGGAGCGUCAGAGCAAGGUUUCUUCUCUGGUCUUCCCUGUCUCCGUGGGCUCAGUGAGGGAACACAUGUCGAUCUCCUGGCUCCUGAGCAGCGCUCUGCUGGACAGUGCCACUGACCACUGGGCAUGCAGACUCGCCAGGGCUCACAGAGGACUGCCUUUUCUCCUGCCCCCCCCCACCCCAGUUCUGCACCCUCUUCAGCUAAAGAGCAUUCCAGUCCAUUCUGAAGUCCUCCCCCUGCCGAGAAGCCACCAGGCAGCCUCAGGAUGGAGCCAGGCAAUAGAAUGAACACCUUCAGAGCAGUGCUAGCCUCCGUAGUCUUCUCUCCUGCACAGGCGGGUCCCAGAAGGCCGGUGACUCCCCUGCUCCCCAGGGGCCAGUUCUCCCUCAUGGGAAAAAGUGCUGCGUCAUGUGGUCAGAUCAUGUAAGUAACCUGGCCUAGGUGCCCAAAGAAGGACUUGCUGCCCACUGACGGGAAAUGCUUGCAGUCGGAAUGCGUCCUGCUCCUCGCAGGGCUUCCCCAGACGCACACAAAGGGCGCCGGGCGAGGCUGGAAGUAGGUGCGUCCGGGCUGCCGAGCUGGGUGUCUGGCCGAGGCCGGUGCCCCCGAGCACGGUCCAUUGAGCCCUGUGUUUAGCCGCUUGGUUUUUCAUCCGUCUGCUCUGCAAUGGAAAACCUAUGAGCAUGAGUGCGCUCUGCACAGACACCCACCUGACUUGAGCCCAACAAUCACACGCCUCCCCUGUCCGGCAUCCACAUGCCCGCUGUGGUACCCAAACCUCGAAGCCGGUCCCCGGGAACCACCAGGAGCUGACGCUCCCUCCGUAGAUCUGCCUUGGUUUUGUCCUGCAGUAGCUGCUGCGGCCCCGGCUUCAUUCCGCCUCCUAAACAGGAGUCUUUUUAACCAGGCGGCCAGUCCUCUGCUGUCCUUUCUGCUGGCCCUGCCGCCCGAGAAGAUGGCUGCUUCCUCCCUCCCUCCUACACUGUAAUUAUUGUUUUACAAUUGAGUGCCUUAAUAAUAGUUUACAAAUACUGUGUAUUUAUGGGAAACUGUUAAGCUCUCACCUUCUGUGAUUGGAUCCCUUGCCUUGGCAGUGGUGGUUGGUGUGAGGGCUCGAGCCCCGGCCCUUGCUUGUGGUCCUGGCCACGCCGUCCUGAGU